AUGGAACUCACGAUGGAAAACAUUGGAAACAUGCACAGCGUUUCGCACUCGCAGGCGGGGGACUUGAUGAAUUCCUCUCACUGCAGAUCGUCUUCGGCCUCCCACCGGAACUUGGUAUCGCACGGACGUUCGGCGAUGGUGUCCAGCAUGGCUUCGAUCCUGGAAGGCGCCGGUGAGUACCGAAACGACCCCGCACUGUCCGGUCACCUCCACCCGGCCAUGACCAUGUGCGAGUCGGGAAUGAGUUUGUCCAACUCGUACACCACCCUCACCCCUCUUCAGCACCUGCCGCCGAUCUCCACGGUCUCCGACAAGUUCCACCACGGCCACCCUCACCCGCAUCACCACGCCGCGCACCAGCGCCUCGCCACCGGCAACGUCAGCGGAAGCUUUACGCUCAUGCGAGACGAUCGCGGUCUGGCGUCCAUGGGCAACUUAUACGGCCACUAUCCCAAAGACAUGUCCGGUAUGGGGCAGCCGCUGUCCCCGCUCUCCAACGGCCUCGGUUCCCUGCACAAUUCCCAGCAGGCGCUUUCGGCGUACGGGCCCGGCGCGCACCUGCCCAACGACAAGAUGCUCUCGCAGGGAGGCUUCGAGUCGCACGCGGCGAUGCUUUCGCGGAGCGAGGAGCAUCUCGCUCGGAGUUUAGGAGGCCACGGGCACGGCAUGAUCUCCAACCUCAACGGCAUGCACCCCCACAGCCACAUGCACUCGCAAGCAAACGGAUCCAUGCUGUCCGACAGAGAGAGGCACGGGGCCGGGCAGAGCGGUGCUUCUGGGCAGGUGGAGGAGAUCAACACAAAGGAGGUGGCGCAGAGGAUCACGGCGGAGCUGAAGCGAUACAGCAUACCUCAAGCCAUUUUUGCCCAAAGGAUCUUGUGUCGGUCUCAGGGAACGCUGUCGGACCUCCUGCGCAACCCCAAGCCCUGGAGUAAACUCAAGUCGGGCCGGGAGACAUUCAGGAGGAUGUGGAAAUGGUUACAGGAACCAGAGUUUCAAAGGAUGUCUGCGUUAAGACUGGCAGCCUGCAAGAGAAAGGAACAAGAGCAGCACAAAGACAGAAACAUGGUACCCAAGAAACAGCGUCUGGUCUUCACGGACCUGCAGCGGCGGACGCUCAUCGCCAUCUUCAAAGAGAACAAGCGUCCCAGCAAAGAGAUGCAGAUGACCAUCUCUCAGCAGCUGGGCCUGGAGCUCUCCACCGUCAGCAACUUCUUCAUGAACGCCCGCCGUCGCUGCGUGGACCGCUGGCAGGACGAGCACGCGGCCAGCCCGGUUCAGCCCGGCACCUCGGCCACCACCUUCUCCAAGGCCUGAGCUCCGGAGGGCCGGAAGAACCUCUUCAAAUCCAGCAGAAGAUGAUCUACGGCGCCCAUCAAACCUCACAAACGUCCUCUUACGGGCACGGCU